CUUCUAUCUAGAUGUUAUCCUAAUCUCCUUUACACACAACACCCACCAUCAAACCAAAUCUCAUUCGUCUCUAUCGUUGGUCACAUUACACGCCGUUCCUUCUCCCAUUCACCCUCAUGAGCUCAACCGGAUGCUCUACAUUCUCAACUGGACUACCAUUGCUUUUUGAAAUCCUCUAUCGGUACCAGAGUCCGCCGCCCCCUCUGUUAUAAACUACAACGUCUCCUUUCUCUACCAGGAACCCUAAUCCUAACCCUAUUUCAACGGUAACAUCACACACCAUUCAACGCCUCUACUAUCGCCACGUGACUCUGACAACAUCACACACUAGCAGCGCACCACCACCUGUCUCCACCAAACCUCGGCCUCGCAACGCCACCUUAAUCCAUAUCUAUCUCUAUCUCUAUAAUUCCUUAAUAUAAAGAUGCAAUCGUAUCCUCAAAUUUCUCUAAACUUGGACAAGAAACGAUGGAGGUUUUCACUACCCAGUUCAAAAUCAGAAAAAUUAUCCUGUUACUCGACUUUAUUAUAGUUAUCCAAGAACACUCCACCACUGAUCCUUCCCUCCUUAACCCGUUGACUGAUUCAUCUCACGUUCUUCUAUCAUCAAUGAAAAACGGUAUUUUAGACGAUGACGAGGAAAUUGUUGUACAAGCCUUUGAUGUUCUUAGUGAGGAUGAGCUCUGCCCCCGCUAUAUGGUAUUCUGA